AGUGGCUGACAACAGUACAGUCACAUUUCUAAAGUUUCUGGUAACUUUUUGGACGCCAUUGGGGCUCCCCUGGAAACUUUCUGGACGCCCCUGCAUCUUGGGACAAGUCUCACUAAUCAAUCCUCGGUUUACUCGAGGGAUGAGAAUGUGUUUUUGCACAUGUCUGGACCUGCAGCUGCUGUAAACGAAUGCCGGUGCGUGCGUGUUUAUCCAGCCUCUGCAUCUAGUUUUCAGUCGCGUCCCGCGCGCGCAGUCGGACGCACAGGCGAUUAGCUGAGCAGCGUGUGGCUCUCAGAGACAAUCACACCGAGUCGUGUUCGGUGGUUGUCGCUCCCUCUCAGUUUGAAUCAGAACAGCUGAGUUUUCCGAGAGGAUCGGGAGUCUUGGCUGUUUGUGUCACCGCAGCGUUUUAUUGGACGGGAUGCUGGAGGAGGUCGCGUCGCCAAAAUGAACACAGACUGCACACAGCCUUCAGUUGCUCCAAAGCCAAGAUUUGUUUGUCACGCCAGCCUGAAGUUGCCUUCCCCUCUUCUAUCUGCAGCCAGAGGCCCCAAACCCUUCAUAGCCCCGAAACCCAAAGUCACAGUUCUGCUAAACGGCAACCAGGGAGAAUUCAGCAAUGGCAGCGCAGUCACUUCAAAUGAUGAGGCUGCUGAGCAGCACGAGACACAGAACGGUAAAGGGGAUAGAAACACAUUGCCUGGGGGGAAACAAUUAAACGGCAGCACACUCGAGACCCCAAACAUUGAUUUAGAGGUUGCGUCAAAGGGGAUGCUGGACAGAGGGGGAGGGGGGGAGGAGGAAGAGGAAGCCGGUGGUCAGCGAAUGGACGAGAACUGGAUGGAAGAGUCAGGCUCUCUGAAAGCACUUUGGGUCAGCGAUGACAGGCUCACAGCUGACUCGGAGGAGAUGAUUGACACUGAUGUGACGGAGGACAUGGAUGCCGAUGGUUGUGAUGCAGGGGAGGCACUGGCUGACACAGACGGUCUCUCAAUGGGGGACAUUUCUGUCAAUAGCGCAGAUGAGGAAGCUGGCUGGUGUUCUGGUGUCAGUCGGGACAGGAAGGGGGAGGAUGGAAGUACAGGGGAUGACUUAUCAGAGUCUACUGUGGAUGAAGGUGAACUUCUUCAAGAAAAAACAUCAUUUGUUGACGCCAAACAUGACCUGAAGUUUAAGUGUGCCCAUAAAACGAAGGAAAAAGACCAUUGCUGUUAUGACUUAGUGCCAAAGAUGCAGGAUCGUGAUACAACGAGGAGACCUGUUGCUAAUCUAGUCCGUGAGCCUUUUUACGUCUGCUCAGAGGACAUUAUUAACGGCGAUCUACUGCUGGAGAGUACACGCUCAGUGUUGCCUGGGAAGUUCGAGAAAACAGCAGAAGAUGGACAAACAGAGGACUGCUUGGACUCGGGUAGCAGCGAUGAGUUUGGAAGUGAUGACAGCCAUGACAACAAAGCGAGGACAUUUCAGAAAAAGACGUCUUUUCAAAGCAAAACAUAUAAACUGGAGGAUGCAUUGAAAGUUUUGGACGGCCAGCCAAGAUUCAAGCAGGUAACAAUCUCAGUGCCACACACCUCGCUGACUUCUUCUGUCUCUGAGAGCCAACUGAUGUCCCCCGCUGACUCGGAUGUCUUCAGAGGCGAGAGAGAUGUUGAAGGUCACAUUGUGCCCUUCCUAGAUGAGACCACUGACACAGAGCACGACGUCAGUGAUGAGCAUGUUUACGACGAGCCAGGGAAAGCUUCACGAGUUGUAAAUGUGUUUACUUUUGAUAGCAAGGCCGCUGGGUUUCGGUCACACUCUCUGUCACACCGAGUUACCAACUCUGUGGAGGACAGAGGAGUGCAGCUUUUACAGAAGACGUGCACCAGUGGAUUUGGACAGCCGGCAUUAAGCAGCAGCCCGAUGAUGAGCUCAUCGCGCUACAAGAGUUAUGCCAAACCCCAGUAUCUGUCCCUCUAUCGCCGAUCCAUCUCCAUGGAGGGACAGGACACACCUCUGUGUGUCUACAGGGAUGGCUCUCAGAGACACAGAGAUGCCAUUUGCUCAUCUGAAAACUUCUCCAGGUGCUCCCCUCUGUCAUCAAGUGCCCUGUCCACACCAACAUCUCUGUCGGAUAUUCCUCCCCCCUUUGAGCUCUCCUACAUCACCAAGAAGCCUAUAACAAAGAGCUCUCCCUCUCUUCUCACCGAGGGGGACUUGUCAGAGAAAAACAGCAAGAAGAAGUCUUCAAUUAAGCGCUUCCUAAUGCUCAAAUUUGGGUGGAAGACAGAACACAAAUCCGCAGCAGACGUCAAGCCUUCCUCUUUAAAAUUUUCAACCGAGUCAAGCCAUCGCUCACCCAGCCGUCGGCUGGAUUUAGAUAGACACAGCAUCAGCAGCUCUCCACAAAUAAACUCACGCACAGCUAGCAAGCCUCUAGCUUCAUCUGAGACGGCGCCCACCCUCCUGCUGUACAAUGACAGCAAGAGGAGAGGAAACUCUGUGGCCUUCCUGAGUCGUAGUGUUGUCCGAGUGGAGUCCUUUGAGGACCGCUCCAGAGUGCCUUUCAUACCUCUCCCUCUGACCAAACCUCGUUCCAUCUCCGUCCCCAACACAGAUACCUCAGAUUACGAGAACAUUCCCCCCAUCAGCUCAGACUAUGAGAACGUUCAGGUGCCGCAACGGAGGCCGGUUCCUCAGGCACCGUUCACAGACUUCUUUGAUCGUCCCAGUCGAGUCAUGUCAUCUGCCAAUGAAACAGAUGGCUAUGUGGACAUGAGCAGCCUCCCUGGGUUUGACAAGAAAAUUCAGAUGAUGGAGGAAACGGAAAGUGCCUACACAGAAGCCUACACGGUGUGUUCAGUAGCUGCCGGUCCACAGAUCGGGUCUGUGGGUGACGGUCAGAAACAGGAAGACCACGGUCGCACCUCAGAGGAGGAGGACGGAGGGACAGACACCAACUACGACAGACAGCCUGACGGUCGAUCCAGAGCCUUUUACAUUGUGAAAGAGCUGGUGGACUCGGAGAGAUUACAUGUGAAGGCCCUCAAACUCCUGCAGAUAGACUUCAGGGAUGCAGUGGGUUCCGUGGUUGGGGACGAUGGACAGCCUGUGUUGGACGAUGAGAGACUCGGAGAGAUUCUAAAUGAGCUGCCCGAUGUUUACAGUCUGCACCGCAAGAUCUUCGCUGAGCUGGAGAGUCGGAUCCGACACUGGGACGACGGACAAAGAAUAGCAGACAUAUUCGUGUCCAGGAAAGCAGAAUUCCUGGUCUUCACCACUUACAUCGGCCACUAUGAUCGAAGUGUGGGUUUACUGGAGGACAGCUGCAGAACUGCACCUGCUUUUGCAGCCAUUGUUCAAAAGUUUGAAGAGCAGAGCUCAGGUGCAGACAGAGUUCCCUUUAAACAGCAGCUCCUGCAGGUCAUCGUUCGCGUGGCUCAGUAUCGUAUGAUCCUCACCGAUUAUCUGAACAACCUCUCCCCUGAUUCUAAAGAAUAUGAAGACACCCAAGCCGCUGUAGCGAUCGUGUCUGACAUUGCAGACCAAGUCAGAGACAGCUUAAAAAACGGGGAGAACCUGUUGCGUCUGAUCAACAUAGCGUACAGCGUCCGAGGCCAGCGGGACCUGCUUCAACCUGACAGGGUUUUUGUGAAGGAGGGAACGUUGAUGAAGGUCAGCAGGAAGUGUCACCAGCCUCGACAUUUGUUUUUGAUGAACGAUGUGCUGCUCUACACCUACCCUCAGCAGGAUGGGAAAUACAGACUGAAGAACACUUUGCCUCUCACUGGGUUGAAGGUCAGUAAACCCAAUUUACAAAAUGUUCAAAACGCUUUGAAAAUUGAAGGGACAGACAUCUCCAUCGUUUUAUCUGCCAGCUCCUUUCUUGAGAGAGAGGAUUGGUUUUACACUCUUAACCGCUCUGUGACUGGACACACAAGAGGCUCUGCAGCUCUGAGCAGCUGUCCAGUAGAGGUCCGAGAUCGUCUCAGGCUGACCCUGGGAGACAAAGCUCCCACACUUGUUCCCGUCUCACAGGUGAUGAUGUGCAUGAACUGCACAGCAGAUUUCAGCCUAACUCUUCGAAGGCACCACUGUCACAGCUGUGGAAGAAUUGUCUGUCGGAGUUGCUCCAGGAACCGGUAUCCACUGAAAUACAUGAAAGACCGACCGGCCAAAGUGUGUGAUCACUGUUACAACGAGCUGAAAAAGAGAGGAGGAGGAGAUGCCACACUCUCAGGAAACAGUAGCCCUCAGGUGACCCGCUCCAGCCGUCCUCUCUCCACUGUGUUCCAAAACAUCCAUCCUCCCAAUAUUUGGAGGCAUCGGAAAGGCAUGGCCACUUUCACUCAGGUGACUGUGUCAGAAGAAGGCUCCAUCAGCGGCACUUUACAGCGAAGCAAGAAGAGCAAAAGGAACUGGAAAAGGCUGUGGUUCCUCCUAAAAGACAAGGUGCUUUACACCUACAGGGCCCAAGAGGAGAAAGUAGCAUCAGAGAGUUUGCCUCUGCUGGGAUUCACAGUGAAGCUGCCGGACAAGCAGGGGGCAGACGAGGCGGCCAACGUCUUCCAGCUUUACCACCAAAACACGCUGUAUUACUCCUUUAGAGCUGAAGACAACGUCACAGCUCAGAGGUGGGUAAAUGCAAUGGAAGAAGCUACAAAUUUAUAGAAACGACCACUUCGCUGCUGCCGUCCUCCAAACUCCUGUCUCUAAAAAUAAAGACUGUGAAACCAAACUGGAAAGACGAGGAGUUUUGCUGUGAUGUCUGCAUGCGGUAACCCGCCCUGGCGCAGCUGCAGAGACAAAGACAUUGUGUUCUUUUAAAGGAGGACACCAUCUCCUACUUUUGUCGACCUCCAGCGUCUUAUCCCUGCUGUUGCAGCAGGUGUGAUGCUGAGAGCUAUAAGUGAUAUUGGCCCAGAUACCUGCUAAUGUGGAGCAUUUCAUUGAUGUGACCUGUAAUUAUCCACCCACUGGCUGAACAGCGAUAUUUAUCUAGUCACUCAUCAGAAAACACAUAAAUCACCAUAUAAUUUAUUAAUUUUUUUUUGAGCAAGUGUAAUUUAUGAUGCUGUUUAAGAAAAUUAGUAAAAAUUUAAUUUUAAAGGUAAAAUAUUUGCAUUUUACUAUCUUUAAAAAAAUAUAUACUUGGCCUCAUCUUUAUUCUGAAUGAUAUUAAUGCCUUAUUUUCAAAGCAUCCCCAUAAAUCCUUAGAAAAGUUAUCAAAAAAUAAACAUAAAUGUUUGGAGAGACUUUUUCUCAUCAUUUUCCUCAUUGUUGGAGAUUAAUUCAGUCGUUUUUAUCUCUGUAUUUGCACUGAUGUAAAAGAACAGGAACAGAAUAAGGAUUUAUUGUACUUUGACCAAAUGGUUCAGCCGCUGCACUUAAUUUUAUUCACUACUGAACAAAAGUGUGGACGUUAUUCUAAUUUGUUACAGGAAGUGCAAUGUAUGUUUGUGUAUGUGAUUGUGCUGAGCCACAUCAUCAGUGUCUUGAACCUUCAACUGAUUUAUGAAAUUUAUUUACAACGUAUUCUUUUAAAUCUAAGUAAAAGAGGUUAAAUUUA